AUGACACAAAAACCGGCAGGGAUGCGUCGUGGACCUCCAGUCAUUGAUUUUGCCCCCUUCUACGGGCAGGACGAACGCGCACGAUCAAAUCUCAAAGACGAGAUCCGCGACGCAUGUCUAAACUACGGGUUCUUCCAAUUACGCAACCAUGGUAUUCCGGAGGACCUUCAGAGAGAAAUUCUACGUCAAUCUGAGGAUUUCUUCAGUCUACCAAUUGAGACCAAGGACAAAUACAACAAAGCUGUCGGCGGAUUCGAUCGCGGCUACGAACGACUACGGUCCCAGAAUUUCGAAAAGCUUGCAAAGGGAGAUCUCAAAGAAGGGUAUUUCCUGGCACAAGAUCUUCCUCUUGACGAUCCUUACGUUCAGGCAAGGAAAUGGGCUCAAGGGCCUAAUAAGUAUCCUUCUGAGGUAAAGGACCCAUAUUUAUGGAAGAAGACAGUCGAUGAUUAUCAUUCUGUGGCAUCAAAAGUCGCGAAGAAUGUGCUGCGUAUUAUUUUUGAUACCCUUGGAGAAGGGCAUGAUUUCCUUGAUGAAUUUUGUGAGCAUCCAGUUGCUGUACUUCGUCUGCUUCAUUAUCCUCCACAGGAUCCAAAUGCUUCGGAUCUAGAACGAGGCAUUGGUGCUCACACUGACUUCGGUGCUGUCACAAUCCUCCUUCAAGACUCUACGGGCGGUUUGCAAGUUCGAGACCGCACAACCGGAGAGUGGAUUGAUAUUGAACCAAUCCCAGAUGCAGUUGUCGUCAAUACGGGCAACUUGAUCAUGUGUUGGACCAAUGGCCGUUAUGUCUCUAAUCUGCAUCGCGUUGUAAACAAAACCGGGGUGGGGAGAUAUAGUGUGCCCUUCUUCUUUGACGGCAACCCGGAUUUCCUGGUAAAGUGUUUCGAUAGCUGCAUCAAAGACGGCGAGGUGGCAACACACGCUCCUUUCACAGUGUCAGAGUGGAUGAAGGGACGGUAUGCGGACUCUUUCGGAGGGUCUGCAAGCAAAAUCGCCAAGGAAAUGGUGCAGAUUUAG